AUGACAUUUGAUCGUAUUAGAUUUCUUUUGAUCAACGCAACAUUUACCUAUAAAUUUUUGAGAAUGUUCAAUCAAUUUAAUAAACUCAAAGAAUGCAUAACUUAUUUACUACUGACUUUUGUCUCUAUUUCAUCAUGGGUAGACAUUAACGCAAUAUUUGCGGAGUUAUCUCAAAUUGUUUUAACUCAACCAGAAGGCUGGAAAUUAGGAGCUCAUCUUGGUUUAGUUAUCAAUAUUGGUAAUAUUGCACCAUUUGCUCUUGUUAUUUUCAAAUGUAUUUUCGGUAAACAUCGUCUCAAUUUAAUACUAUUGAAUUAUAUUGUCAUUUUUAUCGGAAUGACGUCAUGUGUGUUACUUGUUUUCUUCUGGUCGAAUACAGUUUAUAUUCUACGAGAAAAUCGAAGUGUAUCUCUAUUUAUUCUAUCACUUUUUCUAUCAUUAGUCGAUUGUACAUCAAUGGUCACAUUAUCCGAUUAUAUGACUCAUUUUCAACCUAAAUUUACCAGUACUCUCUUCCUGGGCGAAAGUUUAUCAAUGAUUUUACCAAGUUUUCUAGCUAUUGCACAAGGUAAUGGUCGAUUAGAAUGUAUUUCAUUAUUUGAUAACAAUAAAACAUCAAAUUUUUCGACUAUUGCUGUUUAUAAAACAGCUCGAUUUUCAGUAUCAAUCUAUUUUCUUUGUAUAUUCUUUCUCCUUCUUAUGUCGUUUAUCUCCUUGAUAUUUCUACAAUGGACACAAGUUUCUAAGAAUUUUCGGCAAGUGUCAACAAAUGAAUCUUCAUUAUCAGAUGUGAAUAAAUUAGAUACAAUACAGGCUAUCAAUAUUUCAAACAACAGUGAAAAAUCAAAUGAAUACAUACUUACUACGGCUUCCUAUUAUCUCCUUUUAUUGGGUUGCCUUUAUGCGACUUCGGUUAUAUUUGGUGUAUUGCUUUCUAUAUCAACUUAUGUUUUGAUGCCAUAUGGACAUCAAAUAUUUUACUUGGGAACGAUUCUUUCUUCUUGGAUGCUUUCAAUCGUAUCCUUAUUUGGAGUAAAAAAGCCGUUUGUCGGCAAACGUUACUUACUAAUUAUGUUGUUAUUAGGUUCGGUAACAUUUAUUUUCGAUGUGUUCCUAUGCUUUAAAAGCCCUUGUCCACCAUUUGCAAAUACAAUAAAAGGAAGUGUUCUUGUACUUCUCAUUUGGUUGAGUACUUAUAUUUUUAUCGGUUAUCCUCGUCUUGUUAUGGCUAAUUAUCUUCGAAUACAUUCGCCAAAUGGGAUGUUUUGGUUUGGUGUUAGUAAUCAAGUUGGUGCUUUAAUUGGGUCUGUUGCUGCUUAUCUUCUUGUAGAGACUUUUUCACAAUUCAAAGAAAAAUUACCUUGUGAAUCGUUGCACUGUUAA